AGAUGAUGUUCCAGCUCCGGAACACACAGUGGUCACCAUGGAGACGGCUAUCCUUACAGUCUUCCUCACCGUCAUCAUUAUCAUGACUGUCUUGGGAAACCUGCUAGUGAUGGUGGCACUCUGCAAGGACAGGCACCUGCGGUAUGCAACCUCACAUCCUGUUAGCACGCAUUGAGUUCCUGUUUACUUCCUGACUGACUGGAAACUGAGCAACAGAUAAGAUAGGAACUGAGUUAUCAUAACAGAUUAUAUGAAAUGUGAUUAGAUUGACAUCCACUGUCACAUGAACAUGUCUGUAGAAAUGUAGCACCAUAGAUUUGUCCAAUGUGUCUGUCGAUUUGUGCAUGCCAGGUGGCCUGUCUGUUGGUGAGUUUGCCUGUCGGUCUGCCAGGUUGGUGGUCACUAGGGUGUGCAUUGCUACCGGGACCUCAACAUCUAGGCCUUCUGUCACACUUCAUCUGUGAUAAAACAUGAAAGCUCGUUCCAGAUAAAAUAACUUGACUGAUUUCAGUUGAAGUGGGGCAGGAGUGAUUGACAGCUGGAUAAAUGGGUCACUUCCUGUCAGGUGGAUGGUGUGGUGAUAGAGGAAGGCCAAGGCCAUGCUACUUGUACUAAGGUCCCACCAUGGCGGCAGUACUUCCAUCUACAUCUGUGGUUCUCAAUCCUGGUCCUCGUGCCCCACCUGUCCUGCAUGUUCUAGACGUUUCCCUGCUCCCACACACCUGAUUCAAAUGAAUGGGUCGUUAUCAGGCUUCUGCUGAGCCUGUUAAUGACCCAUUCAUGUGAACAUGUAAAACGUGCAGGGCAGGGGGGCACGAGGACCAGGAUGGAGUGAGGAUUGCCACUGUUCUACAUGCUUAUAUGAAGAAGAAAACCAACUACUUUAUAGUGUCUCUGGCAUUUGCCGACCUGCUGGUGGCUCUGCUGGUGAUGCCUUUGGCGGCAGUGGAGUUGACCACGGGGGUGUGGAUCUACGGGGAGAUCUUCUGUCUGGUCAGGACGUCUCUGGACGUACUGCUCACCACGGCGUCCAUCCUGCACCUUUGCUGCAUCGCCCUGGACCGGUACUAUGCCAUUUGCUGCCAGCCGCUGGUGUACCGCCACAAGAUGACUCCUGUCAGGGUGGCGCUGAUGCUGGGAGGCUGCUGGUUCAUCCCCAUCUUCAUCUCCUUUCUACCCAUAAUGCAAAGCUGGAACACUAUUGGCAUUGAGGAGAUUAUCCAGGAGCGACAUCACGCUGCGGGCAGCAACAGCACCAGCUGUGUGUUCAUGGUGAACCGUCCGUAUGCGCUGGUCUGCUCCGCGGUGGCCUUCUACGUGCCUCUCGGCCUCAUGGUCCUGGCCUACCAGCGCAUCUACGUCACCGCCAUGGGCCACGCCCGCCAGAUAGGCACCCUCCAGCGUGCCGGCUCCGCCCCCAAGCACCACCCCAGCCCCGCGGGCGCCGGCGACCAACCGUCGUCGAGCCGUAUGCGCGUGGAGACCAAAGCGGCCAAGACACUGGCUGUUAUUAUGGGAUGUUUCUGCCUGUGCUGGGCGCCGUUCUUCGUCACCAACGUGGUGGACCCGUUUGUCCAGUACAGUGUGCCGUGGCAGGUGUGGACGGCCUGGCUGUGGUUGGGCUACAUCAACUCCGGGCUCAACCCCUUCCUGUACGCCUUCCUGAACCGCGCCUUCAGACGUGCCUUCCUGCUCAUCCUGUGCUGCGGGGACGACCGCUACGCCCGCCAGGGCAGCUACAGGCCCACCCGGCCCUGCCACCACUCCGUCAACGGCACCUCUCUCAGACUGUCAUUCCUGCCAAACCGCAGCUACAGUGAUAAUGGCAGCAGGAUCCUGGCCAAUGAACUUGAGUCCCUGGAUUCCCAGGGAGUUCCAUGAUGUCAUCACCUUCUUUGUCAGUAUGUGCAAUGACGACGUUGCCGCCUCUCUCUGCAUUCCUCCAGGCCAUCACCCCGCGCACCCAGACUCCGAGGAGCAGGACCUGUGUGGGGCGCGAGUGUGUAUGUGCGGAUGUGUGUGUUUGGCGGGGGAUGUCUUGACUUAGGGCUGUUAGGCCCAGGGACCUGCAGAGGAUCCCCUCACACUGGGUUCCCAUGGUGAUGAUGAGACUGAGGGGCUUUUUCUAAGGACCACUGGACCAGAGUUUGGUUCCAUGGAGCUAUGAUGGAGGACUAACCCACUGGACAUUCCAAAGCAGAAACACACUGGAGUUGGAGAGAAUGUCCAGGAGCCUGGAAAUGAACUGACCACUGGGAUUACUGGGCCAGACAUUCAACUGGCUGGUUUAGAUAUCUAACUGGCUGGCUGGUCUAGAUAUCUAGCUGUGUGGCUGGUCUAGAUAUCUGGUUGUGUGGUUGGUCUAGAUAUCUAGCUGGCAGGCAUCUCGCUGGCUGGCUGGUAUUGAUAUCUCACUGGCUGGCUGGUAUAGAUAUCUCACUGGCUGGCUGGUAUAGAUAUCUCACUGGCUGGCUGGCUGGUAUAGAUAUCUCACUGGCUGGCUGGUUAGAUAUCUCACUGGCUGGCUGGUAUAGAUAUCUCACUGGCUGGCUGGUUGGUAUAGAUAUCUCAAUGGCUGGCUGGCUGGUAUAGAUAUCUCACUGGCUGGCUGUCUGGUUAGAUAUCUCAUGGGCUGGCUGUAUAGAUAUCUCAUUGGCUGGCUGGUAUAGAUAUCUCACUGGCUGGCUGGCUGGUAUAGAUAUCUCACUGGCUGGCUGGCUGGUAUAGAUAUCUCACUGGCUGGCUGUCUGGUUAGAUAUCUCAUGGGCUGUCUGGUUAGAUAUCUCAUGGGCUGGCUGGUAUAGAUAUCUGGCUGGCUGGCUAGCUGAGGUCUCCAUUUGGUUGGAGCUUUGUCUCUACUGCGCCCUCUGCUGGUGACCUGAUAGUGUACAUCACACAUCCUCCCAAUUGUCCAUCCGGCCAUCUGACUAGGUAGAUGUCUCAGGCUACUGGUGGGAUCCCCCAGGCAACACAUAUAUUCCAACGUUAUAAUUUAUUUCAUCAUUUCGCUCAUGUCCAGCUUCAAAGAGGAGGAGCAGAAUUGUCUCGUUACUAUGUGACAUUUUAUAGACAGUCGUUUCUGCAUGGUGUUACAUUUACUAUUUGUCACGAUAAUAAAUGUGUAACUUUUACAAACGUUGAACCUUC